AUGGAUGACAUUAUUGCUAUUGGACUGGAUGUGGCUUAUAUUGAUCAGUUCAUUCCACACUUUGCAAGUCGGUUUUCACUAAAAGACUUGGGUUCACUCUCUUACUUUCUUGGGGUAGAGAUCAUGCCUACUACUCAUGGAUUAUUUAUCGGUCAACAUAAUUACAUCACUAAUCUUCUUGAAUGCAUGGGCAUGCUUGACACUAAGCCUGCAAUCACACCUUUGGUUGUCACACAAACUCUUAGUGCCAAUUCAGGUUUCCCUUUGGAGGUGCCGAAAGACUUUCGGGCUGCUGUAGGAAGUCUCCUGUAA